AUCAUGUGGCUCCAAGUUCUUAUGGGACAAGAUUAAAGGAAUAUCAUUAUAGAACACUUUUUCUUUCCGGUGCAAGUAGGAAAAUAUUAGAAGAGAAGGAGAAUAGAAUUGCUUAGAAAAUGGGAGGCUUAUCAUUGUGGUUCACUGGUGUAGAAACUAUGGCAGAUUUGAAGGAGGUUGUAAACAGCGUGUUACUUCCAUUGCAACUUAGCCUUGGACUUCUUCUCAUCAUGAAGACGACGCCUCUUUGGGCGGUCAUACAUUGCACCCUUGCCUACUUGCUCCACUGCUUCUGUUUCCCUUACACAGAUUACAAACAGCUUGGGGAAUUCGAAGGCCGAGUCUUCAAAAAAGUGAUCUCUCAUGCCACCACAGCGGGAGAUGUGUCGAAGCUGAGAAAUCAGAAGGAUGCUCAGGAAUCUAAGAAAGAAGGGAAAUCUCAAAUUGAUGAGACAGUCUCACUGGUCUACCUGGGCAAGAAGUUUGUACUGAAGCGAAUGGAAGGCAACAAGAUGUUAAUGAAGGAUGGGCCUGCAUAUUGCAUCACAGAUAAAAUGUGGGAAACUAUCAAGUACAUUGAGAAAAUGGCUUCAAAGACAGUUUUUGUGAAAAACCAUAAAGAAAUAUGGGAAGAAGUGGUCACAGGCGAUAUUAUGAAGUUUGAAGAAGUGCUCAUUUCAGUGAUACUGGAUAACCGCUCGAUUAUUCGUCUGGACCACGAUUACUUCCUGCCUGUCAACUUAUUGUUGUCGGAGGAUAAGUUGAUGACGAUUUUAAACUUCGUGGGUCUGUUCCUGAAGACUCAAAAGCAUAUUCAUUGGCUCAUUCCUGCAUUGCUGACCUUUACAGUGGUGGUUAUGGGGUUCAGCACAAAAGUGAGGCUGUAUAUCGAUGGCUUUAUCAAUACAUUCUUGUGCAGAUCAGUGCAGUUGCUGUGUGACCCUCUGCCUUUGGCAAUGAGGAGGCGGGCGUAUUGCUGGGGGAACUGGGUGGAGAAUUUGAAGCCUAGUAACGACUUGCAAUCAAAGAUUGUGAGUGGUAAAAUAUGCGUGCUCUUAGUUGCAGGUGCAAAAGCUGACUCUGAAUCCUUGGCUCACUGUGAAUCCUUAGCUGGCAGGGACCGAAUACGUGUGCUUGUUGGUGGAGAUGCAAAAGCCCACCUUGGAAACUCAACUGAGUGUGAAUCCUCGGCUGACCUUGUAAUCAUGGCUGACCAGAGUUGUAUACGUGCUCUUCUUCCUGGAGGAGGGAGGACGAUAUAAAGCUCUUCACAUUCGCGUCUAUUUGUGGAAAGGAGGAGCAUAAUAAGUCGUUAAUAGCCAAUCAUUUCGAUACUACAUCUGUUGAUGUUGAGUACUGUAGCAGCAAGGAGGCCAUAAAGCUCUUCAAGUUUGCUUGUUACAUGGCAAAGUACAAAUCAGGUUCACUGAAAUCAUAUGACCGUAAUACUAAUACGGUGCAUGUCCGCCGGUUCGUGGAGUCCAUCAAGGCCUAUGUGAGGAGCAGGUAUCCACCUCUGUACAAAUUGGAUCUGGAGGAUGUAGUUGUCCGCUGAUAUUCUUCUGCUCCACUAGAGGAUGUCUUAUGUCUAUUCUCUUGUAAGCACUCAUAACUCCCCAGUAUGCUUCCUUUUAACACCUAAAUGAUUGUGUAUUAGAUUGCUAGGCAGAACAAGGUAAUGCCAAACAAAAGUUAAAGUAAAAGCUGAACUGAUAGUCCAAUCUAAGAAUACUAUUACAAUGAGAUCUUCCUUUAUGAAAAGGAUAGACACAAUGUAAUAAAUUAGUUUGUAGUGUGGUUGGUUGGGAAGUUUUUUUUCUUAAGUUAGUUUUUUUUUACGUUUUGCACAAGAAAAAUGAGGCUUUAAAAAGUCAUUGUAUUGUAUUAAUAAUUUAUUUUAAUAUUAUAUUAAAUAUUAUUUUUAUUUA